AUGGAGAACCCCGUUACAGUUUCGAGCCCUCUUUUCAGGCCUACAGACAGCGAUCGCCGAGGUCUGGUGGUAGUCGUUGCUAUUUUUUUCAUCGUUCUUAUAAUCAUCAGUAUUGGAAUACAAAUACUCAUCCGCCGCCGAGGAGCAUCACAGUCCUUCGAUUGGUUACUAUAUAUUGGCGCCGUAUUGAUGCUGGCUCACUCUGCCUGCUACGCGUACUCAGUAAGCUUCGGCUUAGGUUUGCCCAAGGAAGACGAGGAUACCGACGUCAACGCUGUACACAAGAUAAUCUACACGACCUCGGCUCUAGGCAUCUCAGCAGUCUUCUGUGCCAAACUAUAUAUGUGUAUCCUGAUCAAGCGCAUAAACGAUUACGGCUACAUGUUUAUGGCAACACGAGCGCUGGCAGGCCUUGUCGUCACGGCAUUUGUCUCAGGCUUCUUGUGUGCGAUUUUCCAAUGCGCCCUACCCGAGCCCUGGGUGGCCGAAAGCAAGUCGCAAUGCGUUGCUGCCGCAAGGAUUUAUCUCUACAACGGCGUCAUGAAUGUGACAACAGACGUCUUUUUGGUCAUCCUUUCCAUUGCUAUGGUUUGGCACGUCCAGCUACCACAAGGGAAGAACAAAGGCCUGAUCAUCGCGCUCUUCGGCUUCAGAAUUCUCUGCCCUAUUGCCGCGAUCCCUAGCCUCCUUUCCACUGAGCAUUUAUACAGCGAAAAUGACUUCACCUGGCUCGCGGUACAGCCCGUUAUUUGGCAGCUGGUUUCUUAUAGCCUAUCCAUAAUAGCGGCCUGCAUCCCCAGCCUCAAGUAUAUAUUUGAUAGUUUCGGCGGCUUCACUUUGGCGGUGGAACCGCCGUAUGCAUUGACCAAAGUUGGAACCAGCGGCUUCGAACCAACUGCUAUCGACAGCGGGGGCAGCAGCAAUCAUAUUGCUACCUUCGGCAGCACUGGAGCUAAGGGCGGCGACGGAGGCCUUUGGCUCGCCCGAUCCCAGUCUGGUGUGCAGAGCGGGAGUGUGCAUGACAUCCGGGAUUACGAUGGCGCCAAUGGCGACGCAACGGAUUCGUCUGCGCACAGCUUCAAGAGACCGACGACGGCGUACAAUUUAGUAUAA